AUGCUGAUCAACAAAACUGGAGGUUUAAACAAUACAGUUAAUAACACAGUCUUGAACCACGACAGUUCUGAACUGUGCCUCCCCUCUUGGAUUCUAAACGCCGUAAACGUCCAGUCUGUAUACAUCAGUGACACUGGUAUCAUGGUCGUUAACAUCCCAUUUGCCAUAUUUGCCGUGAUCGCUAACCUGGUUGUUAUAGUCACAAUAAUCCGUUCUCCUUCACUCCACCGUCCAGUUAACGUAUUGCUGUGUAGCCUGGCUGCCUCUGAUUGUCUAACCGGCCUUGUUCUUCAACCUGUGUACGUGGCAUGGCGCUUUCUUCUGCAUCAAUCUCAAGACCCUUGCAAAUUAGUCUAUCUUUACCAAGCCAGUAGGUUUCUUCCACAAAUGCUUCUCGGGUUUACCUUCGUAAACUUGGCAAUAACAAGCGUCGAAAGAUGGUAUGCUGUUUCAAGCCCUCUUGAGCAUUCAGCCAAAGUAACACUGCGAGGUAUGAAUAAUAGUACUAGACAGCCACCAUUGUAAGUGGCAUUUGCCUGUAACAAAAUUCAGGGCUCAAAGAUCAAAAUUAAUUAAUUAACUGUCUUUAUCUUCUCGACGUUGAAAAAAAAACAAACUACAGAGACCAGUUGCUUUAAGCUACAGGUGAAAGAAUUGCAAGUAAAAACUUUAAGAUAGAUAUCACGCCUCUUUGCUUCAGUUUUUGCAGCUUCUAAUAUCUGUGUUUAGCUUCUGCUGUGAAACAGCCUUUCAAGUUCGUGCUCGUAAAGAUUGAAUUCUUCCAGGCCACUUAAUUCAGUUGCGAACGAGCAUUGCACAGCCUCAGUAUUUAUAUAUACGGUAUACUCAGUCAAUACUUUUUAAAAAUAAAAGAGGACAAAAUUUGCCUGUUAGUACAUAGGCUUGCAUCGGCAGAGUAAUUAUAAUCACUAAUGUUUAAAGCAAAAUCUGUUAAUCAAGCGAAUAAUCUUCCUGUUCUGUUAGGUUUACAAAGUUCAUUUUGAAUCCUUAAUGUGAAAAAAACGAAAAAGUAUCCAACUUCCCUGGUUAAUUGUAUCAGUCUGCUUUGAUUGUUUAAGUGAUCGUUAGAAGCGUGACAUUUCUUGGUCGAUGACCUCUUGAGGACAUUUUCCAAAUUUAGGCACGAUCGAUGAACAUGAUUAAGAAAUAUUCCACAUGAAAUCUUAAGCAAAACCGUCUUAAUUGCUACUUACCUUUUCAUUUUUUUAGACGUCAGGUGACUAACUCUCUCCUCCAUUACAUAAUCCCCUUUUUUUACACAAGAACGUAGAUACAGAACAAGGCUAGUCCGUACAUCCUCGCAGGUCACGUGACGACAGUAUCGAUGUCGAAUAUGUCCCGUAUCGUUACCACCACCUUCCCAAUUUUGAAGACCGGCUAAAAAAAUGUCUUUUUAAUGCUACUUCGCCAGUUAAGCUAAUGGUUCACGCCUUAACUUGCUUGAGUCCUAAAAUAAUACACACAUGAUAUUUCAGGGAUGGUGAAGAUCAUCGUUGGUGUAUGGGUGAUCUGGUUCAUCUACAGCCUUAUGGAAUUCAUUGUACCUGUAGGGAUUUAUCAACCGUUGGAAAGUAUGGUGUUGAUUUCAGCGGUGGCCAUACAGAUUGGCGGACACGUUUUGACCUUCUGCGCAAUCCGUUCCAACAACAAAAAGAUCGUUAGUGCCACCCAUAACUCUCAACAAACGAUCCUCUUCAGAAGGGAGGAAAAGGUUUUUAAGAACAUGACGUUCUACACGGUGGCGACUCUAUUGACUCUUAUUCCUGUUGUAGUGGUUCUUAAUUUAGAACGCACCAUCAUUUCAGGAAACAUUCUACUUCCUUGGGCUGUAACCUGCAGCCAGCUGAUAUCCAGUUUUAAUCCCGCUAUUCAGAUUCAAAGAAAUGCCGCUUUAAGGGAAGCACUAAAGAUGGCCUUCUGA